AUGGAGGUCACAUCCCACGCGGCGCUCGCCUUGCUUCCAUACGAACCGCACCUCGGCCAUCUGUUGCAUCGUUGUUUCGGCACGGAUCCGCAAGUUUCACCCACUCUAACAUUUUCGCAAGUCCGCUCGAAGCCAAGCGUUGCAUCAGCGUGGACCUCCACGCGGUCCAUUGCUCCACCGCCAAGUGUUGAUGCUUGCUGUCUUGCUAUCAUCCUGCUCAUCCCGCCCUUUAGAUCGACGACAAUGGUGCGCCAAGAAGUGCUGGUGCUCGACAUUGCGUCCGAUCCGUCGCUGGUGGCGCAAUACAUCGACCACCACGCACCGGGCAACGUUCCGCCCGCCGUGCUCGCCUCGAUCCGCAGCGCGGGCAUCCACAACAUGCGCAUCUUCAACUUUGCCGACCGUCUGGUGAUGCUCAUCGACGUCGACGACGAUUUCGACUUUGCGGCCAAAGCUGCCUCGGACGGCGACAACCCGGACGUCGAGAAGUGGGAGCGCCUCAUGCAGAAGUUCCAGCGCGAAAUCCCCGACCCGCAAGGAAAACAGACGGACAAAUGGAAACACACCCAACUCUGCUUCGACCUCUCCCAACACAAGUAA